AUGAGUAAGUACUCAUCGAAAGGUGACAGUCGUGUAACGACUGUCGUCGCAACGCCCGGUUAUGGGCCUGAUCGACAAAUAGAAGUUCAGUAUACGGAUACCAAAGUGAUUGGAAACGGCUCAUUUGGCGUGGUUUAUCUAGCAAAAUUAACCGACUCAAAUGAACAGGUGGCUAUCAAGAAGGUUUUGCAAGAUAAACGAUUUAAGAAUCGGGAAUUACAAAUAAUGCGGAAAUUAGAGCAUCAAAAUAUCGUAAAACUAAAGUAUUUCUUCUACUCAAGUGGAGAGAAGGUAAGCAAAUUAAGAAAGGAUGAUCUCUUCUUAAAUCUCAUCCUCGAAUAUAUUCCUGAAACUGUUUAUCGUGUGGCACGGCAUUAUUCGAAACAACGUCAGAUUAUUCCCACACUAUAUAUCAAGUUGUAUAUGUAUCAGCUAUUUCGUGCGUUAGCGUAUAUUCAUAGUUUGGGUAUAUGUCAUCGUGAUAUAAAACCACAAAACUUAUUGCUAGACCCCGAUACAGCCGUAUUAAAACUUUGUGAUUUUGGUUCUGCGAAACAUUUGGUGCGCGGUGAACCGAACGUUUCAUAUAUUUGCUCGCGAUAUUAUCGCGCACCAGAACUGAUCUUCGGAGCGACAGAUUAUUCAACAAAUAUUGAUGUUUGGUCAGCUGGUACAGUUCUAGCCGAACUACUGCUCGGUCAGCCGAUAUUUCCGGGUGAUUCAGGUGUGGAUCAGCUCGUUGAAAUCAUCAAAAUAUUGGGAACACCGACUCGUGAUCAGAUUCAACAAAUGAAUCCAAAUUAUACCGAUUUUAGAUUCCCUCAAAUUCGAGCUAACCCUUGGCAACGUGUAUUCCGUCCGAGAACACCACCCGAAGCAGUCGAUUUGGUGUCGCGUUUGCUGGAAUUUACACCCAGCGCGCGUCUGUCGCCGUUGCAAGCGUGUGCGCAUGCGUUAUUCGACGAGUUGCGUCAGCCGGACUGUAAAUUGCCGAAUGGUCGACCGUUGCCGCCCAUCUUCGAUUUCUCCGAACAAGAGUUGCGCAUUGAACCAAGCCUGAACUCCACACUUCUACCACACACACUUUCUUCACAAGCGUCAGGCGUUGAAGCGGCGGCCGGAGUUGGAGCUGGAACAGGCUCAACGACAGGCGGAACCACAACAACUAGUGCGGCUGCACCGCUAAGUGCCACAGAGCAGCCGUCGUCGACGACAGAUGCAACCGCAUCGUAG